AAGACUUUAGGGGUGAACAGAUGUGUGAAGCUUCCUAUUCGGAGAGUGGACAGACAUCCUCGAUUUCAGCGCCCCGCACUCCAGCCCCGAGGGACCCCGCAGCCCCCAGCCAGUGCCAGCAUGCAGAACAGUCACAGUGGUGUGAAUCAGCUCGGUGGUGUCUUUGUCAACGGGCGGCCACUGCCGGACUCCACCCGGCAGAAGAUUGUGGAACUUGCGCACAGUGGGGCCCGGCCGUGCGACAUCUCCCGAAUUCUGCAGGUGUCCAACGGGUGUGUGAGUAAAAUCCUGGGCAGGUAUUACGAGACCGGCUCCAUCCGACCCAGGGCCAUUGGGGGCAGCAAACCCCGAGUAGCGACCCCAGAAGUUGUGAGCAAAAUAGCCCAGUACAAGCGGGAGUGCCCGUCCAUCUUUGCCUGGGAAAUCCGAGACAGAUUGCUGUCCGAGGGGGUCUGUACCAACGACAACAUACCAAGUGUGUCAUCAAUAAACAGAGUUCUUCGCAACCUGGCUAGCGAAAAGCAACAGAUGGGUGCAGACGGCAUGUAUGAUAAACUAAGGAUGUUGAAUGGGCAGACCGGAAGCUGGGGCACCCGCCCGGGGUGGUAUCCGGGAACGUCCGUGCCUGGGCAGCCCACACAGGAUGGGUGCCAGCAGCAGGAAGGUGCGGGCGAGAACGCCAACUCCAUCAGCUCCAACGGGGAAGACUCGGACGAGGCGCAGAUGCGGCUGCAGCUGAAGCGGAAGCUGCAGCGAAACAGGACGUCUUUCACUCAGGAGCAGAUCGAGGCCCUGGAGAAAGAGUUUGAGAGAACCCAUUAUCCCGACGUGUUUGCUCGGGAAAGACUAGCGGCCAAAAUCGACCUGCCAGAAGCGAGGAUACAGGUCUGGUUUUCUAACAGAAGGGCCAAGUGGAGGAGAGAGGAGAAGCUGCGGAACCAGCGGAGGCAGGCGAGCAGCACCCCCAGCCACAUCCCCAUCAGCAGCAGCUUCAGCACCAGUGUCUACCAGCCCAUCCCGCAGCCCACCACCCCUGUGUCCUCCUUUGCGUCUGGCUCCAUGCUGGGGCGUACAGACACGGCCCUCACCAACACCUACAGCGCGCUGCCCCCGAUGCCCAGUUUCACCAUGGCCAACAACCUGCCCAUGCAGCCCCCUGUCCCCAGCCAGACCUCCUCGUACUCCUGCAUGCUGCCCACCAGCCCGUCGGUGAAUGGGCGGAGCUAUGACACCUACACGCCCCCACACAUGCAGACCCACAUGAACAGUCAGCCCAUGGGUGCCUCGGGGGCCACGUCCACAGGCCUCAUUUCUCCCGGCGUGUCGGUUCCAGUCCAAGUUCCUGGAAGUGAACCUGAUAUGUCUCAGUAUUGGCCAAGAUUACAGUAA